AUGCUGAAAUCCUUGUCAAAGAGCUUAUUUUGGAGAAGAUCAUGUAUCAUUAAUAACCGCAACUUAUGGCAAUAUAUAAACAAUAGUUUUAAUCGAGUGGAAGAAGAUCGUAUUAAAAUGAUAGGAUCUAAUAUAGCAUGCGCUGAAUGGCUCAUGAAAAAUGGUGCCUAUGUUAGAUGCAAGGGAUAUAAAGGAUUUGUUAACCAUUAUGAUUGUUUGCCAAAGCCAUCACAUGGUUGUCUACAACAUUUUAAAAUAGAAGAAGUAUUUGCUGGAAAAGAUGCUUCUAUAUCACACUUAGGAUUUGAUAAUUUUGAAAAUUGUGAUAACAUAUCUGCCGUUUCAUUUAUUGGAUGUAACUUUAUAGAAAAUAAGGCGAUGAAUAAAUUAAAAGUACUGAAAAAUAGUUUAAAAUGUUUAAAAGUUAUUAGCUGCGUAAAUGUUUCUAAUUCUGGAAUAAAAUCCUUGGAAAAUCUUCAGUAA